UUCAAAAUCCUUUUCCUUUUCUUAUACUGCAUUUUGCUUCCAUUGCCAGGAAAAGUGUUAGUUCCAAGACAGCAAGCCCACCUAGUUGUCCCGUUCACCCUGUAAGAAGUUGUGGCAUAGAUAGCCACUUUGAAAACUGGCAAUGAAUGACAUUUGCUAUGUUAAUUAAACUAUAUAUGUUAUGAUUCAGCUAAGGCAACAACAAAUUAGAAGAGAUGUUCCCAAUGGUUAAUGCAAGAAGCCAUCUAUGGAAGAAUCGAGUGAGUGAUGGUUUUGUUCUGACGGUUCAGCCUAAUGUUUCACAUGCAUCCUUAAGGAAGUCGGCCAAGCCAAUUGUUAAGACCACACUCAAGGCUUCCAUUGCACAAAGGACUUCAAAAUCUAAAUCCAUAUCAGCUCCGAGUAAAUUAGAAUCAACUAUUGCAACGUCAUCUCUGAACAAAUCCAUAUCAGCUCAGAACAAAUUAGAAUCGGCUAGUGCAACCUUAUCUCAGAAAAAAGAAACAGUUUCUUUGUCUCUUCCUGGGAAUGACUCGACAGUUUCUGAUGAUGCAAAUCAAAGACAUCUUCCAUCUGAGAGCACACUAAAAACUGAUCUUUCAGAGAUUAUUCCAAGGAAAAAAUCCAGUCGCCGAAAAUCAUAUACAAGUUCAUUAAUUGAAGGAUCUAAGUUUCUCAAGGAAAGUGAAGUUAGAGAGCAAAAUAACCUACCCAAUAUAGAUAAUGAAAGCAAUCAGUUUGAAGUUUCUGAAUACGUUGAUGACAUAUAUCAGUACUAUUGGGUUACUGAG